CCAUCAUCCCUUCACAUCGCCUCUCUUUUCGUUUCUUGAAGGCAUCGAUUGUUUUCCUCGACAUUUUCGUCGCGGAAAAUGAAGAUUCUUCAGAAGUCCAAGAGGGCUUUACCUCCGUUACCUCAGGUGGCGGAGCUCAUCAACAAGCUUCACAAUACGCCAAACGACGAACUUCAUGAAGUGCUCAGCGAGAUUGACGUCUGGAAAUGGCCGCGAUCCGACUUGAAUGCGUGGAUCAAGGUCCUCAAUAAGUUUGAUGCCAUACUCGAAGAGUACAUCCGCGACUAUGAAGUCGACAAAGUGCAGGUGAACGUUUUCACCCCGAUCACGAAGAAGACGAUUUGCGAGAUCCUCCGAUUCGAGAGACUGUUAUUGGAGAACUCGACGAACAGGAAGACGUUUAGCUCGUACGACCGAAUUAAUAGCUUCUUGUCCUCAUCGGACCUUGAUGUCGUAGUACUGGCGCUCAACCUGCUCUUGCGUCCCGCUCAGCAGUAUUCAGCUCAGCCCGCCGUCACGCGUGCACUCAGCAUUUCUACUCCCCGCCUCCAAUCCCUCGCCAAGCGCUGGUCCAACCUCCGCGAAUAUGGCGUCAGCCUCGUCGACCUCGUCACAGAGAGCGGCAAACAUAUUGUCGAAGAGCUUCCGUCCGAGGCCCGUGAAGUACACUUCAGCUUCUACAAGACCGACAGCAGCAAGGACAGCAAACCGAAGGAGAUGGACAUUGAUACCGUCCCCGAGGUCCCAGCCACACCUGUGCGGAGACCAUCCGCAACCGCAGCCCCUACAUCGGAAAGCGCCAACCCACCACCAACGUCAGGCGCAGUGAACAUCCACAUCGACGCCCCGACUCUCGAAAGUAAGCCCACGAUGGACAUUCUCGCGGAUGUCAUUGAAAAGUACGAUGUGCCCGAACCCGAACGCUUCGAGCUUAUGUGCCGAAUUCGCACGGCACAAGUUCUCUUCCCCGGCCGCGACGAGGACAGGGAAAAGGUCGUCAUCGUUCGUCUCCUCGCGAACGCGAUCUUCGUCCACACACAUCCAGAAUCGCAGGCCAUGUCCUCGCUCUUCCUUUACGAACCCGACCUCAUUCCACAUAUCGCAGAACUCUUGGGUCUUGACCGUGGCGUCCCCGUCUUCGUACAGACCGCAGCCAUCGCCGCGCUCGAUGCCAUGGUCCGUUAUCGGACAAAAGUUCAAGACGUCAUUACAGCCGUCAAUGCCGGCGUCAACCAUGGGACGCUCAUGGCUCUCCUGCGCAAGACGGUCAACGACGUCGCUAAUCCAGACUCUACGCUUCCACAAUCAUUCGUGGACUCGCUUCUCUCUUUUGUAACAUUCCUGGCUUCGCACGCUGCCGGAGGAAACAUGGUCGUUGGAGCUGGCCUUGUUCCCCUGCUUAUCCAGAUCAUCGAGAAUAGGCUGCCACAGCGACUUUCCGUCGUCUCAAGGGCCAUGCAGCUCGUCGACAAUGUCCUCUAUAGUUUCGCCAAUGCGUUCCAACUCUUCUGCAACAACAAAGGGGUGGAUGUGUUGGUGGAUAGGAUCCAGUAUGAGAUCGACCUCGACAUCAAGGAACACGGGUCGGAAGACCCUGCUCAUGAGAUCCCGAAGUCGUACGGGCAGCUACCGGUCGUCCGCGCCGCCGUCCUUAAGCACAUCCUUCGUUCGAUGCAUCGGAUGAUGCAGUCUUCGGGGACGGCAGAAGGUUUGCGUGGUCUCAUCGACUCGUCGUUGUUGAAAUCAAUCCAGAAGGUAAUGGAGCAUCGAUCACUGUUUGGACCGAGUGUCCUGCCCAUCGCCAUCAACAUCAUGGCCACGUUCGUCCACAACGAGCCCACCUCCCUCGCCAUCAUCCAAGAAGCCGGACUUCCCGAGACGUUCUACAAGACCGUCGACGCCGGCCUCGAACCCGUCAUCGAAGUAAUUCAGUCCAUCCCCAACGCCAUCGGUGCACUCUGUCUCAAUCAAGCCGGGCAAGACCAGUUGACCGCGCGUCCUACAAUCAUUCCCGGUCUCUUCUCCAUCUUCACAUCCGAGCGUCACCAGCGUGUCCUCCAGGACAAGGAGAACGCCGUCCUCAUCGGGACGACCGUCGACGAACUGAUCCGGCAUCAUCCGAUGCUCAAGACUUCGGUCUUUGAGGCGAUCAAGUCGACAUUGAGCAAGAUCGAGGAUCUGGGGAAUGCGUAUGUCGUGCAGGACAAUGUGAAGCAGUGGUAUAAGCUUUUACCGCCGUCAACGCCUGCGGCUGUUCCGUCGUCGACGGCUGCGACUGCUGCACCGACUCCGAUCCCGAUAACGAGGCCGACUUCCGCGGCGGGAGAUGGUGAUGUUGCGAUGGAGGAGGCGACGGAGAGUACAGCGGAGCUGGUGGCGUCGACGCCUGCGGAACCUGUGGAACCUGCUGCGGCGACGACUAGCGGAGGGACGAACGGAUCUGUGAGCAGCGAGGAUACUACGGAGAAGUCGCACGAGAAUACGAUCAUCUCGUACAUUGAUGUUCUUUGCAGAUUCUUGGAGGGUCUGUUCCAACACACGUCCCACUGCAAGGAUUUCAUUUCGAACUCGGACGCUCUUGAACGCCUGGGUCGCCUGACCGCCUUGCCUUGCCUUCCCUACGACUUUGGUAACAGUGUGGCGUCGGAUUCGUUGGUCCAGGUCAUUCGCACGAUGGUGGAGGCCGCUCCGGCUGAGACGAUGACUUAUUUGGCGAAGUUGGUGCGAACGUCGCUGGACGAGACGAAGGAAUUCUGGGCGUCUCAGAACGAGGACUCAAAGCUCAUGGCUCUCCUCGAAGAAGCCGCCACCUCCGAAGUCUCUGCCAACCAAUCCUUCCGCAAGCUCGUCACUCUUCACAUCCGCGUCACACUCCUUUCAGACAUCUACUCCACCGCCGGUUACGCUCCCUCAAGAGGGGCUAACUCCCUCCUCUCCACGCUCAUGGGCAAGAAUGCACCAGAGAUUAUUCCCGAUCUCGGCACACUUCACCGCGUCUGUGUCUGGGAGAAUGUCGUUCUCAAGAGCAAAUUGCCGUCAAAGAACCCGUCGGGGUCAUUUGCCGGUUCUCUUGCUCCGCUGCUCCAGUCUCCUACCUCUACUCUGGCCCAGCUAGACGGCGAAGGAUCGGCUGCCCAGACGAAUGGUGCUCAGCCACAAGGAUCUUCGACUACUCCGGCGGCAACUCCGAAAGCGGAAGGCGAGGCUAAGCCGGAUAACUCGAGAGAGGAGAACGGGAAGGCGUUGAAGCAUCUGGCUAACCAGAUUCCCUCGAUUUUGUCGCCAUUCUUCCAAGCCGUCGUGAAACUGUUUUCGACGCGUCGAAACCCCGAGCCUUCUCAGAAGCAGCAGAUACUGUCGUCCGCUGGCGUUGUCGCGGAUAUUCUUAUCAAGCAUCUCACACCGAUCGAAGCUGAGGACCGUCUGCUUUCGAUGUCCUACCACACGUUCAUGCUUGGUCUCGUCACCACUCUCAUCGCCGACGAGCGGAAUUCUCAAUACAGCCUCCAUACCGUCCUUCUCGAUGCAUUCUAUCGCAAGUCGGGUCUGGACGGUGUCGUCAACCUUUGCCACCGCUUCAUGGCCAUCGUCGAGGAGAUUUCCAAGAUCAAGCCCGAGGACCGUUCGGCCACCGUCACUCAGGAGCUCAUCCAUGCGUAUGGCGGAAUCAAGGUCGCACUCCACCUUCUGCACCCUCUCGUUUCCCCCAAGCCUAUCUUCGAGUCCAGCCAGACCAUCAUCCUCCUGAGUCGUGAGAAGAAAGAGACCGACCCGGAUUACUUUGAGCCACACAACUUCCUCGUCAAGCUCCGUAUCGCCGUCUUGCCCCUCACCCGCGAAUUGUGGGAAGCCGAAUGGCUCGCCAUGGCACCGCACAGCCUCAUUCGCUCCGUCGUGCAAGUCAUUCUCGAGAUCGUCAACGGAGAUGGGGAGGAAGGACAGACGGAGGGAGGUGGUGAAACGACGUUCGGUGGUCUCGGAGGCAUUGGUGGAUCGCUCCUGCGCGCUGCUGCAACCGUCCCGGACGAGAAUCGCAUUCGCCAGCUGACUGAUAUGGGUUUCCCCCGCCCCGCGGCCGAGAGUGCUUUGACUCGUACGCACAACAACGUGAACGCCGCCACUGAGUUCUUGUUGGCGAACCCAUUCCGAUUCCCGCUUGGAGGUGGUGCACCGGCUCCGGCAGAAGACGAGGGUGAAGGAGAUGAAGGUCAGGACGAGACUAUGGAAGACGAUGCCCCGGAGCCACCUGCAGCAGAAGGUCAAGCGGAUGCUGCUCCUCCAGCUGAGCCUGCGCCUGAGACCGAGCCCGCGAGCACGGAGACGACGGCUCCAGUCGAAGAGAAGGUAGAGACUGAGGAACAGAAGUCUGAAGCUCCGGUCAAGACCCCGGAGCAAUGGCGGACCGAACUGAACACUGCUCGUGAAAGUCUCAAGGCGGACAUUGGGCGCUUGUCUCUCAGACUGGUGGACGAACAUCCCGCUCUCAUUUUCGACAUUCACCACGCUUUCAUCGGUCGUCCGGACGGGUACCAGAAGCAGUCCAUCCGCCUUCUCAUCGACGAUAUCAAGGAGUUUUCUCCCCAAGCUCGCGGGGAGAAAGAACAGGCGCUUGCUGUUCGCUUCCGUUUGCUUGCUCUGGUCCUCAACGAUGCACCGGCGUCGUUCAAGGCCGUGCUCUCUGGUUCUACUGGCGAGAGACAAUUCAUGGGUGUGCUGCUCGAAUUGUUGAAGUCCAACCCCGUGGAUGGCGAAGGGGACGCGGCCGGCGUGGCCAAGUGGUUGGCGGCUAUGUUGCUCGUGUCUGAAGCUAUGUUGACUCUUGGAGAAGAGCCUCGAACCAUCAGCCUUCCGAAGGAGGGCGAGCCCGUCCCCGAGCAUUCGCUUGCCACUGGCCCUCUAUAUCUCGACGCACGUCCUGCUCUCUUCGACCUCUGCAUCAAGCUUCUCUCCGUCCCGAAAUUGACUCGCGAUGACUUGCUCGCUUCUCUCCGGCUGCUCGUGCUCUUCACUCGCGACCAUUACCAAGCGUUGGCCUUCGUUGAACGUGGUGGUAUCCCCCUCUUAUUCCAAGCCUUGAAGUCAUCGAGCGGUGGGGUCGCGGGUAGCCAGUCGUACAUCACCAUCAUUCUUCGCCACAUCGUCGAGGACGACGAUGAGCUGGCGGUGAUUAUGCGCAACGAGAUCGCACGCUUCCUUUUGCAUCCACGGACGCGUGUUAUCGACGUACCUAAUUACAUUCGCCACCUGAAUAGCAUGGCUUUACGCUUCCCAAUUGCGUUCAUCAAGAUCACUUCGGAGAUGUGCAAACUUGACCAUCCUUACGGCAGUCCGCAUCACGUUUCGUUGAAGGAGGAGGAGAAGACGAAGAGGGAGGAGAAAGAGAAAGAGAAGAAGACCGCAGAGGCGAAGCCGGAUGCUAAGGAACCUGGGGGAGACGUUCAGAUGCAGGUCGAUGUUCCUCUAGUGUCGUCGACUACACCUUCGGCACCUCCUGAGCAUUGCGAGACUCUCAUCCACUUCCUCCUGGGCGAACUCAUUCGUGUCGUCAAAACGCCAGGUGAACAAGGUGCUGAUGUUCCCAACACGCAGUCGACGAGUGCUUCCGCCACCACCGACACCUCCACCACCGCUCUUCCGCCUUCGACUCCUCGGGCUCACGCUGCGCCCUCUGCCGCAGAAGAGAAGCCGGCGGGCUCGACUGAGUCUCCCCCAGCGCCUGCCAUCGACUACUUCUACUCCGGCUUUUUGAUGCAGUGCCUCACUGAGCUCCUGUUUUCUUACGAUUUCUGCAAGACCGCUUUCCUGUCCUACUCGCCAAAGAAGCGCGCCGCGGGUGCUUCCAAGGAGGCCACUACCAAGCAUCGGACAGCGGCUCUUCAUUUCCUGCUGAACGAUCUCGUCAGCUACGGCACCGUUGGCUCGGUCACCGAACAUCAACCGGAGGAGUACAAGCGCGUCACGCUCUGCAACUGGGCGAUGUCGGUGAUUGUUGCACUCUGCGUCGAUGCGAACGGUGCCCACGAUUUGAGAGACUUGACUCCGGAGAUCGUGUCGACUCGCAAGUUCGUUCUCGAAGCUGUCAGUCGCGCUAUCAAGGACCCGGCGCCUUCCGACUCUGUGGACGCCCGCUAUGGUCGAAUGCUCGCGUUGGCUGACCUUUGCCAGCGCCUCCUCACCGUUCGUUUCAACUCUACGAGUCGUAAGCCUCAGCCCGUCGACGAGAACCCGACGCACAUUGCGAAGAUCAUGUUGGAGAAGAACUUUGUCGCCACUCUCACGACCGCUUUGGCAGAGGUCGACUUGAAUUUCCCUGGCGCUAAGAGCCUGGUGGCCUGUAUCCUGAAGCCACUAGAACUUUUGUCGAAGAUCGCCAUCAAGAUGAGUCGCACCUCGGACAAGGUCAAGGGCUCGGAAGAAGUCAAGGCUGACCUUGAAGAUCUCGAGGAGACGGGUCUUUCGGACGAAGAAGAUGACAUGGAUGAUCAGGGUGAUGAGACUCGGGAAGAGACGCCUGAUCUGUAUCGUAAUUCAUCGCUUGGAAUGUUCGCUGGGGAUAUGGAGGACCAGUACGCUGAGGAAGACGGGGAUGAUGACGAGGAGGACAUGGACGAGGACGUCGAGAUGGAUUUUGGUGAGGAUACCGGGAGUGAGGCUACGACCGAAGAGGAUGAAGAGGACGAGAUCGAGAACGGGACCGGUGAGUCGGAGGCGUGGCAAGAUGAGGACGACGAAGAUGAAGAAGAUCUGGUGGAGAACGAAGAAGCGCAUAUGGAUGAGGUCGACGAAGAUGAUGAAGACGACGACGAAGGUGACGAUGAGGAGGAAGACGAGGGUACUUGGGAGGAUCUUGAUCCAGGUCCUCUCGUCGGUGGUGCCGCGGGAGAAGAAGAUGACGUCGGUGUCAACAUCCCCAUUCACUAUCAAGGGGGCGAAGAAGAAGACGACGAGGAAGGUGGCAUGGGGUCGGAAGAGGAUGAUCUCGGUGCGGAGCUGGGCAUCAUUGAUGCGCAAGGCGGAGCAACAGCCGUAGACGAUGUGUUCGGCUUGGGAGGUGCGCUCGCUGAUGGUAACGCAGACUUCAUGGAAGCCACUGGUGGUAUGGCGGGCAUGAUCUUUUCCGGUGCGACUCGAGCAGGACGCCCGCGCGCUGAAGACGAUGACAUGGAAAUCUUUGGCCGAAGCCGACCCGCACCUGCACCCGCACCAGAAGUUGUUACUCACCCACUGCUUCUGGAGUCCGCAGACGCAGCAGCUCGUACACCUUCCGGUCAAGGUCGGACUCGACGAGGGCAACGUAACAUCUUCGCUGCGGGAACGCCCAAUGAUCUUCUUCAGGCCAUAGAAGAUAUCAUUGGCGGGGGAGCUGUUCAUCUCUUCCAGCACUUCAUUACGAACCGAGACCCUAGAGCGCCGGAGGCCAUUCGUCUCGAUGUUCCGCCAGGAGCCUUGAUCAACCUCAACCAAGGCCUCAUGGGUCGACGACAACACGCCGUAUCUGCUCAGCUACGUAUCGAGCGAGCUCCGCGCGCUGGCGAAACUCCUCCCCAUGCCCGCGAGUUCGAUCCCUUCUCGACGCUGCAACGCUGGGGAGAGGAAGCCAAGGUCCUUCAUGGCAAAUUCUCUGCAGAACGAUUCAUGAAGCUCGCCAAUCAUCUCAUUCUAUCGAUGCUUCCUGACGCUAUUGAGAGGCAAAAGGAGGCCAAGGCGAAAGAGGAGAAAGAAGCCGCUGAAAGACGUGAGGCUGAAGCGAAGGCAGAGGCAGAGGCAAAGGAGGAGGCUGAGAAAGCUGCAGCCGCAGCUGCAGAGAAAGCGCGCGAAGAAGAGGAAGCGAAGGCUCGUCAAGAGGCAGAGGCUUCCACUGCCGAAGCCGCCGCCCCCGCGGUCGCCACCGAGGAUGUCGACAUGACAGACGCUGCUCAAGAGCACCCUGCAGCACCCGAAGAUGCUGAGGCACAAGCUGGCCCUUCGGAACCUGCAGUAGUAGAGGCCGAAGGUUCAGGAGAGGCCAGUACCUCCGCUGCUCCCGAGCGCGUUACUGUUAUGAUACAUGGAAGCGCGGUCGACAUCACGGACACGGGUAUUGAUCCUACUUUCCUUGAAGCUCUUCCAGACGACAUGCGAGAAGAGGUUGUCAAUCAGCACAUCCGUGAUCAACGCGCUGCUCGUGUCGAACGUCCCCCGGACUCUCAGAUCAGCUCCGAAUUUCUCGACGCUCUACCACCGGAAAUCCGUGCGGAGAUUCUACAACAGGAGCGCGUUGAGCAGGCAAGGCGUCGUGCAGAAGAGAGGGCUGCGAACCCAGGAAGUAACACCGCCGCUGAGAUCGAUCCUGCAAGCUUCAUCGCGAGUCUGGAUCCUCAGCUACGGCAAGACGUCCUCAUGGACCAGGACGACGGCUUCAUUUCGAGUCUUCCGGCCCAUAUGAUUGCAGAAGCCGGCACCUAUCGCGACAGAGCUCCCCGCCGUACGAUCCCUCGACAGGCCUCUGCGCGGUCUCACGAUCCUCAUCACCCAGCACCUCCUGCUGCUCGUAAACCCCCGGCUCAACGCGACGCCAUACAACUCCUCGACAAGAGUGGCAUCGCUGUCCUUGUUCGUCUCCUCUUCUUCCCUCAAAUCCUCAAGAAGAACACCCUCUUCAAGGUCCUCGUCAAUCUCUGCGAAAACUCCAAAACCCGCACGGAGCUGUUCAACCUCUUGUUGAAUAUCUUGCAGGACGGCGCCACCGAUCUCGCGGCCAUUGAUCGAAGCUUUUCUCAGAUGACUGUUCGUGCCUCCAAGCCACCGCAAACGCCUCGUACUCCUGGGAAACAGCGAGCUGGUUCUGAUUACUUCAGCUCAUUACCCGUCUCACACCUCCCGAGCGAGAUCGUACCAGACCUCAUCGCACAACGCUGUUUGGAAGCUCUCACAUACAUCGUCACCUCCAACGAACUCUCCUCCCUCUUCUUCCUAACCGAGCAUGAACUUUCCAUCGGUCUUAAACGCUCUAUCUCUCGAAAGGGCAAGGGCAAGGAAAAGCAGGCUCCCCAGACGCAAUACCCCAUCGUUCUUCUCCUUGGCCUCCUGGAUCGACAAUCUCUGCUGAAGACUCCUUCGAUGCUUGAGUCCGUCGUCAGCCUUCUGGACACUGUCACUCGUCCGUUGACAAGCCUCAAAGACGCACAAAAGAAGGCAGUAGAACCUCCAAAAGCUGAGUCUACAACGACAGCACCUGAAUCGGCAAGCGCCCCUGCAUCCUCUGAACCCGCCCCGGUGUCCGCGGCUGAAAGCACAGCGCCUUCAACGGACACGCAAAUCGCUGCAGUUGCACCAGCACCCGUUCAGCCUGCCCAGCCUGCACCGGAGGCACCCAAGGAUAGUGCUCUGACAGGAGAGACGAUGGAGGAGAAGAUUUUGUUGGCCAACCCACCACAAAUUCCUCACUCUGUUCUACGGCUCAUCGUCAACAUCCUCACCGUGGGUGAAUGUGGCGCGAAGCCCUUCCAUCACAGUCUCUCUCUCAUUCAACAUCUGUCGUACAUUCCGGAUGCAAGGGAGGUUAUCGCACAGGAGCUUCGGGCGAAGACGCAGGACUUCGGGACUAGUCUGCACCAGGAUCUUGAGGAACUUUCUAACGCUCUCAGUGGGUCGCAAGGUGACGUCCUGGCCUCAUCCGUGGCGUCGAAGUUCUCGUCUCCGUCUUCAGAUCAGGCUAAGCUUCUGCGAGUACUCAAGACCAUCGACUACAUGUACUCUCCGAAAUCAGGAGUUGCUUCGACGAGCGAAACCGACAAGGGUGACGACACAGAGAAGAUUCAGGCCAUCUACGAAUCAUUCAGCUUCACUCCCUUGUGGCGACGACUUGGCGAUUGUCUCUCCGUCAUCGAGCAACGGCCAGAGAUUGAGCACAUCGCGACGGUUCUUCUUCCUCUCAUCGAGUCGCUUAUGGUCGUUUGCAAGUACGUUGGCGCUACCACUUCUGCCGCAGCCAGCACCGCUCGUGCUCUUCGCGGUGCAUCAUCACCGAAAUCACCUACGACUCCCCGCGAAUCGAUGGAGGAUCUGUUCGUUACCUUCACCGACGAUCACCGCAAGGUCCUGAACGUCAUGGUCCGAAAUAACCCUUCGUUGAUGAGCGGCUCGUUCUCCCUCCUUGUACACAACCCUCGCGUCCUCGACUUCGACAACAAGCGUAACUACUUCAACCAGCAGCUACGUCGGAGACCGCACAGCCGCGAACACCAUGGAACACUACAGCUCAACGUUCGCAGACAACGGCUCUUCGAGGACAGUUUCCAGUACCUGCAGCGCAAGACGGGCGACCAGAUCAAGUAUGGCAAGCUCAGCGUGCGGUUCUACGAUGAAGAGGGUGUCGACGCCGGUGGUGUCACGCGUGAAUGGUUCCAGAUCCUUGCCAGACAGAUGUUCGACCCGAACAACGCGCUCUUCGAGCCUUGUGCGGCCGACAAGCUCACAUACCAGCCGAACAAGGCGUCAUGGGUCAACCCGGAGCAUCUGUCAUUCUUCAAAUUCGUGGGACGCGUGAUUGGGAAGGCGAUCUAUGAUGGGCGGUUGUUGGAUGCGUACUUUGCGAGGAGCUUGUAUAGGCAGAUUUUGGGCAAGCCGGUGGAUUAUAGGGACGUGGAGUGGAUUGAUCCGGACUAUUACAAGUCGUUGUGUUGGAUUCUGGAGAACGACCCGACGGCGUUGGACAUGACUUUCAGCGUUGAGGGUGACGAGUUCGGUGUCAUGAAGAUCGUGCCGUUGAAGGAGGGUGGCGAGACAUUACCGGUGACGUUGGAGAAUAGGCGCGAGUUUGUGCAGUUGGCGGCCCAAUACCGAUUGUACUCGUCCAUCAAGGAUCAGAUAGAGAACCUACUCUCUGGGUUCUACGACAUCAUUCCGAAGGACCUCGUCUCAAUCUUCAACGAACAGGAGCUCGAACUCCUCAUCUCCGGAACCCCCGAGAUCGACGUUGACGAAUGGCGUGCAGCGACAGACUACAACGGGUACAACUCCUCUGACCCAGUCAUCGUAUGGUGGUGGCGUGCGCUGAAGUCGUUCAAUCGUGACGAGCGUGCGAAGGUGUUGAGUUUCGCGACGGGGACGUCGAGGGUGCCGUUAAGUGGGUUUGGAGAUUUGCAGGGCGUGCAGGGGACGCAGAGGUUCUCGAUUCAUAGGGCGUAUGGCGACCCGGAUAGACUGCCACAGGCUCAUACUUGCUUCAACCAGAUCGACUUGCCACAGUACUCGUCGUAUGAGAAGCUAAGGCAGCAACUGCUCCUUGCCAUCAACGAGGGUGGUGAAGGCUUCGGGUUUGCAUGAUUGUCGCAUCGUUUUCAGUCCUCUUUUCGGUUCCUGCGGUUCGAUUCGGUAUAUAGAUGCGGCGAGCGUUGUGGAGGGGGGAGAAGCACGUUGUACGGCGCUAUCGGAGUCCGUGAAGUAUGUUUUGAAGAGAAGUGUCCUGCAUCGAUUUUUUUUGUAUCCACAGCAUUUUCUUCCCAUCAUGAUUGUAAUUACACAGACAAUUGUUUUCAUCCUCUCGUCCAUGUUCGUUACUUACUACGUUACAGGCUUAUAGCAUGUCAAUUUUCCC